GUUAUAAAAUUACUACACGGAGGAGGUCGAUAAAUAUAUGUAGAAUAACUUUGGGGAAAUAAUGGAAUGAUGUUCAAGGUUUGGAGCUAAAAGCGAAACACCCAAAAUUACAAUUUAACCCACAUAUUACUGGGAACUUUUGUCUCGUGCGCAUUCAUCUUCAUCACCGUUCUAAAUUCUUUUGAUCCUCAUCGGGAAUGGCGUUUUUGCUCAAGAACACCUCGAUUUCAUCCCACCUCCGAUCUUCUUCCCAGAAGACGGAUGGUGCCUUAGCUCAAUCCCGUCGUGGGUUCCAUGUCGAGCUAGGAGCUCGCGAGAAAGCUCUCUUGGCUGAGGAUGGUGCAUUGAGGAGAUUCAAGUCGCAUAAGAAAGGAGUGCAUCAAUUGAAAAGGAUUGGAGAUGUUCUCACUGUUAUCGUUGUUGCUGGAUGCUGCUAUGAGAUCUAUGCGAGAGCAGUGAUGAAAAAGGAAGCUCAGGCUGCAGGAGGAAGCUCAUCAUGAGUCUCUUUAUGCUUUUUUUAUCAUCCAUCUUCGUUUUUAAGCAAAAAUCUCAGGAAUUCAUCUUGUUACUCUUGUUGGCUCUUGCUCAACGGUCUGAAUAAGUAAAGAAACGAUUAAGAAUUUGGUAUUUGUUGUAUGAAAAAAUCUUUAUAUUUGUUUUGGAGAAAUCCAAUUCGCUUUUGAUGGAAUCAUGCAACUAUGAUUUGAGAAA